UUUUCUUUCUCUCGGUGGCGAACGAGAGAGAAAGAGAAUGGGGUUAGACGAGGAUGAUUUCGUAUUCCUUGGGACGCCGAUAGAGCGCGAGGACGAAAUCGCUAGCCGGAAGAAGAAAGCAGUGGCGGGGGCUUCAGGAACCCUAAAAACUCUCCCUGCUUGGAAGCAAGAGGUGACUGAUGAAGAAGGGCGGAGAAGGUUCCAUGGAGCAUUUACUGGUGGAUAUUCUGCUGGUUAUUACAAUACAGUUGGGUCAAAAGAGGGGUGGGCUCCACAGUCGUUUACGUCGUCAAGGAAGAACAGAGCUGGAGCGAGACAGCAAAGUAUUUCAGACUUUUUAGAUGAAGAUGAAAAGGCGGAGUUUGAGGGCCAGUCACUGUCUGCAAGCUCACAAUUUGACACGUUUGGAUUUACAGCAGCCGAACAUUCUCGCAAGCAAGCUGAGAAGGAACAGCAUGAAAGGCCAUCAGCGAUUCCUGGCCCAGUUCAUGACGAACUUAUUGCUCCAGCUCCGGAAUCAAUUGGGGUCAAACUUUUGUUAAAGAUGGGAUGGCGACGUGGUCAUUCAAUAAAGGAUGUGCGUGCUAGUUCAGAUGCUCGUAGAGAAGCUAGAAAAGCAUUCUUAGCCUUCUCCGCUGAUGAGAAUACUAAGGAAUCUUCGGACUCACUGGUUUUGGAGACUGAAGCGGAAACUUCUCUGGGUCCACAGUUCAGUGAAGAUAUUAAAUUUUCUGAAACCACACCUGUAUAUGUUCUCAAUCCAAAGCAGGACCUGCAUGGUUUAGGAUAUGAUCCUUUUAAGCAUGCUCCUGAGUUUAGAGAAAACAAAAGAUCUCGCUUGUCCGCCAGUAAGGAGACUGGCAACAGAAAACCUUUGUCAAUGAAGGAAAGUCUUUUCGGACCAAAAUCAGGAAAGCUUGCUCCUGGUUUUGGCAUUGGCGCACUUGAAGAGCUUGAUAUCGAGGAUGAAGAUGUCUAUACUGGAUAUGACUUUGAUCAGACUUAUGUCAUAGAAGAUGAACAGCCAGCAAGACCGAGCAAUGACAACAAUACACUUAGGUUAACCUCAAAGGAGCAUAACGUUCUGCCUGGUUUUGGAGCUGCUUCGAAUUCCGACUACAGUGUAGAAAGAUUUGCUCCUCCAAAAAUCCCAAAGGACUUUGUGGCCCGCCAUAAAUUUUCUGGUCCCCGGGAGGCUGAAACUAAGCCAACUGCGUCUGCUCCUCCAGAUGUUCCUCCCCCUGAAGAUAAGAAUCUGAAACUUCUGAUCGAUGGCUUUGCAACAUUUGUUUCCCGCUGCGGGAAACUGUACGAGGAUCUUUCUAGAGAGAAGAACGAAUCAAAUCAGCUGUUUGAUUUUCUUCGGGGAGGUAGCGGUCAUGAAUACUAUGCAAGAAGGCUGUGGGAGGAGCAACAAAAGCGCAGUGGUCAAAGUAAUCUACAAUUAGAUGUUAAAGUCCUCCCAAGCGUGCAAAAGAUGACUGCAGAAACGCGUGGUAGCUUAUUAGGGGAAAGGCCUUUACAAAAAAGUAAGAAAGAACCUGAAACUUCUUCUUCUGGAGGAUCAUUCCAAUUCCCGACCAAUCUCUCUGACACAUUCACCAAAUCAGCUUCCUCUCAAGAGGCAGCAGAUGCUGUCAAGCCUUUCAAAGAUGACCCGGUAAAACAAGAAAGAUUUGAGCAGUUUCUCAAGGAGAAAUACAAAGGAGGUUUACGUACAACAGACUCCAACAGAUUCAACAGCAUGUCGGAAUCAGCUCGUGCUCAAGAGAGGCUGGACUUUGAGGCUGCAGCUGAGGCAAUUGAGAAAGGGAAAGCUUACAAGGAGGUCAGACGGGCUACCGAACGGCCUAUCGACUUUCUUGCCGGAGGGCUGCAGUUUACUUCUGGUGGAACAGAGCAAGUUAAAGACACUGGAGUAGUAGACAUGAAAUCAAGUAAAACAUACCCUAAAAGGGAGGAGUUCCAAUGGCGUCCUGCACCUCUCCUUUGCAAACGUUUUGAUCUUCCUGAUCCGUUCAUGGGAAAGCCGGCAGCUGCUCCGAGAGCAAGAAACAAAAUGGAUUCUCUCCUAUUCUUGCCGGAUACAGUGAAAGCUGCACCUGGAUCGGGAGCAGGCCAAGUCUCUGAUUUAGAAGAACCUAAGAAAGAGCCUGAAGUCGAGGUAGAAGUGGAGAAUGUGGAGAGACCUGUUGAUCUUUACAAGGCUAUUUUCUCUGAUGAUUCUGAAGAUGACGAAGAACAACAACAACCUAUGAAUGGAAAGACAGGAGAUGGUCAAGAAAAGAAGAAUGAAGCGGCUGCAACAACAUUAAACCGACUGAUAGCUGGUGAUUUUCUAGAAUCUCUAGGGAAAGAACUAGGUUUCGAAGUACCUUCUGAUACCCCUUCGGAAGGAACCAGGCCAAUGGUAGCAGAUAUUAAGUCCAAAGGCAGAUCAGAUGCAUCUUCCGAGACAAGACCUGGAUUGAAUGAGAAAUCGGAGGAGAAGAGGAGCAGCGUCAAACUCGUGUCUGAAGAAGAAAAGAGUACACAGAAGGGAGAGAUAUCGCCAAGAAACUGGAGUGGUAGAAACGAUCUAUCUUCGAGCGAAUCCUCAGGAGAUGAACGGAGGAGAAAACGUUCCAAGAAGGAUAGGCAUAGAAACUAUGAUUCAGAGAGCGACUCGUCCAGUGACUACCACAAACGGGAUAAGCAUGGCUCAAGAUCAAGAAGAAAGCGGAGAGAAUCUUCUAGAGAGAAGAGAAGUAGCCACAAGAAGCAUUCAAAGCAUUACAAGACCAAGGAUUCUUCUUCCUCACGGUACAGCGCGGACGAAGAACGGAAAGAGUCAAAGCGGGAGAAGCGGAGGCGAAGAGACUGAAACCAAAUAAGAGCCAUUGGCUGGCUUAACACAGGAAAGAAGAUCAGAACACUUGCAUACAUCAAUAUUGUGAACAAUGAAACACCAUGGAAUCCGAGUUAUGCAAUGAAAGAUCAUCUGCACUGUCUUGAUGGUCAAGGUGGUAUAUCAAAUGAUAACCUUAGUAGCAGUCCCGGAGAUUAGUUUACAUAUGAUACGGUUGUUUUUUAUUACUUAUGAUUGAUAAACAAUUGUUAAAUCUUGUUUAGCCUUUUAUUUGACUUAUAUUGUUGAUCAACCA